AUGGUAGCCAUGGACUACACGAUCAAGGCUCUCGGGGCUAUUGUCUGCCUCUACAUCAUCACCAGAAUAUACACAACCUUGAUCCGCACUCCGCUCCGUCCCAUUCCAGGCCCCAGGCUCUUUGCUCUAACAAAAUGGCGUCUCGCGUACGAAGACUACCGCGGUACCAGGACUACAUUUAUGCAAGUUCUCCAUGAGAAGUACGGCGAUGCUGUCCGGGUCGGUCCAAACGAGGUCUCGUUCAACAGCCUUUCCGCACUGCGCGCUAUAUACGGUGCCGGCACUGUCUUCCAACGAAGUUCCUUCUAUCGCAUGUUUGAUGCAUACGGGCGGCAGAACAUGUUUAGUGUGUCUUCUGGGAAAGACCAUCGAGACCGCAAGAAGCUGCUCAACCACGCAUACUCCAAAUCCGCCGUCCUCUCCCCUCGCAAUGCCUCAAUGGUGGAUGAAAAGACAGCACAGUUCAUGGACCUGAUCGAAAAGGAGGCAGACGACACCGGUAGACUCGAGAUCUUCGCAGCCCUGCACUACUUCUCCCUCGACUCGAUCAGCAAGUUCCUCUACGGGAAGAGUCCGCACGGCGCAACCACAGCCCUAACCGGCUCCCAAGACCGGGCCCUGCUCGACGACAUCCUCGACCACGACCGCCGCAAGCUCUCCUGGUUCACCAUCCACUUCCCCUCGCUGACCGGCUGGCUGUACUCGCGCACCGGCCUGGUCGAGUCCCUACUCACAUCGCUCCACCUCCUCCCCAUGAACAAACCGUCAACAUACACCGGGAUCCGGGUCCACGCACUCAAAGCCGCAGAACUCAUCAACAAAUCCACCACCGGCGACCUCGACGCAAGCGAGUGCAUCGCCGAGCGCCUACUCCUCGCCGCCAGCAAAGGAACCCCCAAGAACGACCCAGCCAACGCAAUGGACUACCUCGACGUAGCCAGCGAAUGCGCAGACCACCUCCUCGCCGGAAUCGACACCACCAGCGACACAAUCAUGUGGGCGAUGUUCAUCCUCUCGCAACCAGAAAACCACAUCUACCAGUCCAAGCUGCGCGCAGAAGUCCAAUCCCUAGCCCUAAACAAACCCGAAGAUCCCCCCACAAACGAGAACGUCAUCAGCGCCACAACCGCAGAUAAACUCCCGUACCUCGACGCAGUCAUCAAAGAAACCCUCCGCCUCUUCGCCCCGCUACCAGGAACAGAACCCCGGUUCGCAGAUACAGACCAGGUCAUCGACGGGUAUCUCAUUCCCGCGGGUACACUCGUGAGCAUGAGUCCGUACACUCUGCACCGGAACGCGAAGGUCUUCAAGGACCCAAUGCGCUUUAAUCCCGAGCGAUGGCUCUCGGGGUCCCCAGAGGAACAGGCCGAGAUGAAGCGCUGGUUCUGGGCGUUUUCGAGUGGGGGGAGGAUGUGUAUUGGGAUGCAUCUGGCCAUGGCGGAGAUGACGACCCUGCUUGCCAGUGUGUAUAGAGAGUACAAGACGGAGAUUGCGCCUGAAUUCCAGGGUGUUUCGCCUGGGGUUACUGCGCGGUAUGAGAUUUUCUACGAUGACCGGUUUCCGAAGAUGGAGGAGCAUGCUUGCUGGGUGCGGUUUAUCAAGGCAUAA